CCUGCCUUUACACGUCACUCGCUGAUCACAGCCUCAAAGCCGCCCCCCUGCGCGUGUUGUAUGCGCGGCCCCGCACUCGCCCGGCAUCGCACUUCGGGACUUGCUAUCCUCUGGAUUGUCGCUCCGAUGCUUCAGCGCAAAGAAGUGAGGAAAAAUCAAAUCACACGAACGCAGGGGCGCAGGGAAUUCAUGGAAGUAAAUGUGGAGGUUUUAUUUUACUGAGCAGACACUGGUAGCAAGAGGGACACCGCUGGAGUUGGACAGCGCAGCGGGGUGCUGUCUUGAACCUGAAGGGCAGAGUGCGACCAGUUUUACGUGCAGCAUCUCUUUGGACUUUAGUGAAGAUGAUAAACAUCGUCGCGGCUGGAUCCCAGGACCCACAAGGUCAGAGGUCACCCGUGUCCCAAACUCUAAAGUGACCCCAUGAGGGAGGGUUUAAUCAUCAACGGGACGUCCCUAUGCUGGUCGGACACGCCUCAGCGGACAUGAAGCGGAUCAAGUCGCUAGGACGGGGGGCAACAUGAUCAAUAGCCCAUUAAAAAACCAUUAGCUGGAGGAAAGGCAUUCAGAGGGAACAAAGCGCCUGUCCCCAGUGAAACCCUGCGUGGGAAUUUGCCUGUGGCACCAACCUUUAACCACCGUGGGCAUAAGUGGGGCAAGGACCAGCAGAAGGACAUCUGGACAAUUUCAUAAUACAAGACAGUGUGAUCUGUCCGUGGUCUAAUAAGAGGUUCAGUGGCUUUGGGACAUUGACCCAGCAGAAAGCUCACCACCGAUGCUGACGUGUUUGAAGUUGGGCCUCGGCUGUAGCAGGAUUCUGACUAAAAAACAAUACACAAUUACGGUAGGAUGGGAUCAGUUUGGGCAGGAUUGUUUCCAAAUUGGGACCUCAAAUGGAUUAACACACUGCUAGAUUAGGAAACUGACUUGUGGAGGGAGUUCAAUAUGGUACAAUAUUCUGCCUGGGAAAAAUAAAAUUUUGCCAGGGGACUUGCCUGAGGCAGAACUGGGUCUUGCUUAUAGUCACUUCUGUGCCCGAGCCCUCUUUUUAACACCAGGCUCACUUAAUAUUUUUGACAUAAGGCUCAUCUGUGACAGGACUCUGCUGGUAGGAGAUUCAUUGUGAGCAGGAUGGCAAGUUUGUAUACCACGCAGCAAUGUCACAGUGCUUAGCACAAAGAAUGUCCUUAUGGGCCGCUAAGUCCCCACUUGCCAUUGUGAACUUUAUUUUGCCCUGCUAUUAUCCUGUUAGGGUAACUGAGAGAUGACUUCUGAGUUUGGGUGAGAAAUGAUGGGUUUCAACAUCACCACAGUCAGUGACAGUGAUGUUUCGGAGGGAGACUCUUCAGCUCGAGUUCUUACUGGCUGCUUCUUGUCCCUGCUCAUACUGUCCACUUUGCUGGGAAACACUUUGGUGUGCGCAGCUGUAACUAAGUUUCGACAUCUCAGGUCCAAAGUGACCAAUUUCUUUGUCAUUUCAUUGGCAGUUUCAGAUCUGUUAGUAGCCAUUUUAGUAAUGCCUUGGAAGGCUGUGACAGAGAUUGCUGGUUUUUGGCCCUUUGGCUCUUUUUGCAGUGUGUGGAUAGCAUUUGAUAUCAUGUGCUCCACAGCUUCAAUUUUAAACCUUUGCAUUAUCAGUGUGGACCGAUACUGGGCCAUCUCAAGUCCCUUUCGGUAUGAGAGGAAGAUGACCCCCAAAGUGGCAUUUAUCAUGAUAAGUGUGGCGUGGACUUUGUCAGUUUUGAUCUCUUUUAUUCCAGUACAGCUGAACUGGCACAAGGCUCAAGUUACCGGCUUUAUGGAGUUUAAUGCAAGCUAUGAGGAGACACUGAUGGAGGACUGUGACUCUAGGCUAAACAGAACCUAUGCUAUCUCUUCUUCUUUGAUCAGCUUUUAUAUACCAGUAGCCAUUAUGAUAGGCACCUACACCCGGAUUUACAGAAUAGCACAAAAGCAGAUCAGGAGGAUUUCUGCUUUGGAGCGUGCUGCUGAGCAUGCAAAGAUUCGUCACAGCAGUAUGGGAAACAGCAGUAGCCUGGAGUCUGAAAGCUCAUUUAAAAUGUCAUUCAAAAGAGAAACCAAAGUUUUAAAGACGCUUUCUGUAAUCAUGGGUGUCUUUGUGUGUUGCUGGUUGCCGUUUUUCAUUUUGAACUGCAUGGUACCUUUCUGUGAACACACUUUGCCAAAUGGAGAUUAUGACUUUCCAUGCAUAAGUUCUACUACUUUUGAUGUCUUUGUAUGGUUUGGUUGGGCAAACUCAUCUCUAAAUCCCAUUAUCUAUGCUUUUAAUGCUGAUUUUCGCAGAGCCUUCUCUAUUCUUCUUGGAUGCCACAGACUGUGUCCCUCAAACAAUCCCAUCGAGACUAUUAGCAUUAAUAACAAUGGGGCAGUGGUCCCCUCACUCCAUUAUCAGUCCAAAGGAUACCUCCCCAAAGAAGCAAAAGUUACAUACUUGGUUACUCCCUCUGUUUGUCAAGACGAGACACAAAGAAACGACGACGAUGAAGCUGGAAUUAAAGUUCUAGACAAAGUAUCUACAGCUGUGGCUGGCACCUUGCGCAAUGAGGCAGAUACAAGUUUGGAAAAAAUCAACCCCAUGUCUCAGAAUGGCGAACCUAAACUUGACCAAAAUCGAGACCAGCAGUGCUACCUGAGGUUAACAACAGCACCUUAAGCAAAACAGUUUGGAUGCUUAAAGUGUUCAAAUAUGAGGACUAGCUCUAGAGCUCCCCUGAGAACCUUAGGCCCUAAAUGUGCCCUAGAGUUCGAUUUUAGAGAAUGUUUAUGGAUGGCACUUUAUUUUAAACUAUCUGCAAAAGGCGUGAAAUUGCUUUAUUUCAAAUGUCCUUCACUGGUAUAUAGUUAACUAUAAAAACUGGGUGCUGUUUUAAUUUAUACAUUGGUGAAAUAAUUUAAUAAUCAUAUAUAAUGACCCUUUAAUUUGCACCUGGUGUUCAGAGUUGCUUUGACUCAUUUAUGGUUUAAGUUUAUUUUGAGAGCUUUUUUAAGAUGGGAAAGGAAUAUUCUAAACAAAUGGUAAUAUUUUGUUACAACACGUAUAACGAUAAAGGCCAUUUAAAAUAAAGCAUCGCCGUAUACUUUUUACAUUUAUAAUGUAAAUUCGUACAUAUAUUUAUAGAGUGAUAGACUACACACACAUACAUACACAUAUGCACACACAUACACACAUAGACAGGAGACAAAAAGUAUUUGAGAGGCUACAAUAUGAGUUGAUGGUGAAAAGUCAAGCCUGGAUAACUCACUUCAGAAAGCAGUUUAAGAGACACCUUAUAGAAAGUGGUGCCAAACUACUAACAAAAUUAAAAGAAUGCUACACUUGAGAAAUGAACAGUGCUUUGAGUAUGUGCAGAAUAUUUAUCCUACCGUAGGUUACACGAUUGGGAUUAUCUUUCUGUGAAAUGUGACAUGUAGUAUUUAUUUUUGUAUUUAUUUAUAUUUUUUAUUACAGAUGACUGAAUGGUCCCGCUUUGUUGCUGACAAAACUUACACACAGUAUGAACAGGUUCAUGUGAACAAUUUUCAUAACAUUCAUUUAUCCUUUUUUGGCAUUUAUCUGUUGCAGUAUUGUUAUAAUGCCAAGAAUAUUGUUUGUCCAACUGUUUGUCGAACUGGAUGGCACACAAAAAC